CAUUCAAAGUGGAUUUUGACAGUUGGCUUUUAGGCCGUAAUCAUAUGUUUGUCGAGAAUACCUUUUCGAAUCGAUAAUCGGGACUCAGCUACUAUAUUUUUAAAACUUGUGAUACUGAAUAAAAUGCAUUCCAAAUCGAUCAAACCGAAAGACUCCUCAUUGGUUUCCUAUUACAUUCUGUGCUUUCUGCGAGUAGUGCUAGUGUUUGUUCCGCAGGUUGGCUACAUCCAUCCGGAUGAGUUUUUCCAAUCGGUAGAAAUCAUUGCCGGAGAUGAAUACGGUCUGGAGGUAACCCGAACUUGGGAGUUCAAUAGUACCUUCCCGAUCCGAUCGAUAGCAAUACCUUAUUUUGGACUGAAGCUUCCGUUCAGCGUACUUCGGUUUAUUUCAAUGUACAGCAAGUACUAUUUGGAUGUGAACCUCAGAGGAAGUUACGUUAUACUGGUGUUUCCGCGACUUUUGAUGGUUAUUCUUUCCUUUGUCAAUGAUUGGAGUCUUCGAAAAAUAUGCGCUGCCUAUGGAUUACAGAGUCAGUUUCGACUUCUCACGCUGGCUAGUUCCUACGUAUUGUUGGUUUAUUCCACAAGAACAUUCACGAAUUCAGUUGAAAUGGCUAUUUGUUCAAUGUUGCUGUACAUAGUCAGUGAUUGCAUGAUACAUUCCAAUACGGUAAUUUACCAGCGGGAGUUUUUGGAGGAAAAGUACCUAAAGGCAAGAAAUUACGUGGAGAAAGUGAAACUAUACAAACUGAAAAUGUCUCUUCCAUCGCAUUCACUUAACAAAUGUGUUCUAAUGGCGACCCUCUGCGUGGCAGGAGUUUUCAACCGACCUACGUUCUUUCUGUUCGGCACGCCACUGGUAUUUCACUGGCUGCUGCGAGGGAUGGGCACAAAGAUGGUUUCUUUUGCCGAUUUCAAUGUGAGGAUUGUCGUCUUCGUACUCUCGUCAGUUCCGGCAUUGGUGUUCUUCAUCGUGGUGGAUUCUCUGUACUAUGGAUAUCUAACACCAGCUGAGCUUGAACAGUUAGACGUUGGUAUUGACAAUUUUGUUGUGACACCGCUGAACUUCAUACGGUACAAUAUCAAUCCGGAGAAUACGAAACAGCACGGGGUACAUCCAUACUAUUUGCAUCUACUGGUGAACAUCCCUAUUCUGUUUAACGUCCUGGGAGUGAUUGCAGUGCUAUCCUUUGCGGUGAUGGUGUACAGAUUUGCAUCUAACGAACUGACCAAUUUGCCUCGAGCCCAGUCCUUCGUGGGAUUGAUGCUGUCAGCCAUCUUUUUUCCCAUUUUUAUGCUUUCCUUUAUCAACCACCAGGAGCCACGUUUCCUACUGCCAAUCACACUUCCGCUGAUCCUUCUGCAUGCUCCGAAACUCAAGACCGGUGUCUGUAGUUCCUACCCUUUCAAAGUGCGUUCGUACUUGAGGGAUUUCCUCUACAACUACGUUCUAAGCACCAGAGCCAGUUCACGAUACUUGUUCCAGGUGUGGUAUUCGGUUAAUCUCGCCUUGACGCUGUUCUAUGGUUUCAUCCACCAGGGUGGAGUGUACCAGCUGGCAGCUCAUCUGAGCCGUCAAAUGGAUAUUCGUUCUACAGCAACUCACAUCCAUCUCGUUACCAGUCAUAUUUACAGCAUGCCACAAUGCUUCCUAGAUAUACCAAGCACACAAACUUUGCUAGUCAACCCGGAAAAUGGACAAAAGUACCGCCGAGGAAAGCAGUUUUUUCUGUACGAGUACGGCAGUAUGGAAUUACCACAUCUCUACCGCAAGCUUAAACUAAUUCUGGAUAUUAACGAAAUGAAAGCCAUCAGUAAUAAUCAAAAAUACUUACUAUACCUUGCCAUCCCCUCCAGUUUGGCCGAGGAAUUGAACGAUGUGUUCCAUAACCGCACAACCGCCCUUAUAAAGCAUACUCAGAUUACUGUUUUCUAUCCGCACCUGUCCGUGGAAGCUCCACCCAAACUGCUGGGUCAACAUCUGUGCGGUAUCAACACCGACCCGGACGAGAUGCAGGAUACCUGUCCCAUCUACGCCUUCGAGGAUGAACGAAAUCCGUAUUCGGUGACACGAAUCUUGAAACAAUUCUCAGCACUGGUGCACCAGUUCGGAUUGGUGCUCUAUCGCAUCGAUGUUCGGAAAAGAAUCAAAUAACAGGGAAUGGUGCAUACCGAACUUACCCGUAUGACUAUCUGGAUGGUCGCGAGUUAUGCCAGAAAAAGCUA